GGCUCGCAGAUGGGGCUGAGCGGCGGCCGCUGAGGAGGGCACGGGCGGACGGGCGGGCGGGCAGCGGGAGCCGGUGCCAGCCGCAGCCAUGCAGCAGGUCCUGGAUAACCUUACUGAUCUGCCAACAUCCACAGGUGCUGAAGAAAUAGACCUGAUUUUUCUUAAAGGCAUUAUGGAAAACCCUAUUGUAAGAUCACUUGCUAAGGCUCAUGAGCGACUGGAAGAUUCUAAACUUGAGGCUGUCAGUGACAACAACCUGGAGCUGGUGAAUGAAAUUCUUGAAGACAUCAGUCCCUUAGUAAAUAAAGAUGAAAAUAUUGCGGAAUUGGUUGGAAUACUCAAGGAACCUCAUUUUCAGUCACUCUUAGAAGCACAUGAUAUUGUGGCUUCAAAAUGUUACGAUUCCCCUCCUUCUAGCCCAGAAGUCAAUAAUUCUUCAGUGAACAACCAGAUUGUUCCAGUAGAUGCUAUUCGUAUCCUUGGAAUUCACAAAAGAGCAGGAGAACCAUUGGGUGUUACAUUUAGAGUUGAGAACAAUGAUCUGGUAAUAGCACGAAUUCUACAUGGUGGAAUGAUAGAUCGACAAGGUCUUCUGCAUGUAGGUGACAUUAUUAAAGAGGUGAAUGGCCAUGAGGUUGGAAACAAUCCAAAAGAGUUGCAGGAACUGCUGAAAAAUAUUAGUGGCAGUGUCACUCUGAAGAUUCUCCCCAGCUACAGAGACACUGUUAUUCCUCAACAGGUUUUUGUGAAGUGUCAUUUUGAUUAUAAUCCAUAUAAUGACAACCUCAUCCCAUGCAAAGAAGCAGGUUUGAAAUUUUCUAAAGGAGAAAUUCUUCAGAUUGUAAACCGGGAAGAUCCAAAUUGGUGGCAGGCUAGUCAUGUCAAAGAAGGAGGAAGUGCAGGGCUUAUUCCCAGCCAGUUCCUGGAAGAGAAGAGAAAGGCCUUUGUGAGGAGGGACUGGGAUAAUUCAGGGCCUUUCUGUGGAACAAUAAGCAGCAAAAAAAAGAAAAAGAUGAUGUAUCUCACUACAAGAAAUGCAGAAUUUGAUCGUCAUGAAAUCCAGAUCUAUGAAGAAGUAGCCAAAAUGCCUCCUUUUCAGAGGAAAACGUUGGUCUUAAUUGGGGCCCAAGGAGUGGGACGAAGAAGUUUGAAGAACAGGUUUAUAGUACUGAAUCCUACUAGGUUUGGAACCACAGUGCCAUUUACCUCACGAAAGCCCAGGGAUGAUGAAAAAGAUGGGCAAGCGUACAGAUUCGUGUCACGAGCUGAAAUGGAGAUGGAUAUUAAAGCUGGCAGAUAUUUAGAGCAUGGAGAAUAUGAAGGAAAUCUUUAUGGCACCAAAAUUGAUUCCAUCCUUGAAGUUGUUCAGACAGGAAGGACCUGCAUCUUGGACGUGAAUCCACAGGCCCUGAAAAUACUGAGGACUUCUGAAUUCAUGCCCUAUGUGGUGUUUAUUGCUGCUCCGGAGUUGGAGACUCUGCGUGCUAUGCACAAGGCUGUGGUAGAUGCUGGAAUUACAACCAAACUUCUCACUGACACUGAUUUGAAGAAAACAGUGGAUGAAAGUGCACGGAUCCAGAGAGCAUACAACCACUAUUUUGAUCUGACCAUUGUAAAUGACAACCUAGACAAAGCCUUCGAGAAGCUGCAGACUGCUAUCGAGAGGCUGAGGCUGGAACCGCAGUGGGUCCCAAUUAGUUGGGUAUAUUGAGGUUUCCCAGGAGGAGCUCAAGUAACAAAUUCAGCUGCAGCAAGACGCUGAUGCGAUGUGUAGAUACCGGCGAUGACUACGGCACCUGUGCAUUUUUACUCUGUGUAUAUUCCAAAGUACACUGUUCUGAAUUUUUAUAGAAAUGCUGAAGGGAAAGUGUACUUAAAUAUGUAAUUUAUUUUAAUUUUUCUAACUUUUUACAGGUAACCUUUCUAUUCAUAUCACAUGAAGGAAAUGCGUUUAAGCAUUUUUUCUAUGUUUUGAUUUAGUACCUUUGCCUUUUUCAUCUAAGAAACUUUCAGUCAUUCACUUCAACACUUACAUCUUGGUCUUACAUUUUCACUGUGAUUAAAAAAAGGAUACUUGAAAUAAUAUUUUGUAAACCUUGUUAACGUCAGUGUUCAACCAGUCAAAAGUCUAUAGCUCUUAUUAGGAAAGAACUCUAUAAUUUCUUUGGGUUUUUUUUUUCCUUAUAAAAUAAUAACUUCAUGGGAGCAGAAUUUUAAGUAUUAAAAAGCAGCAACAAACACACAGCUCCAUUGCUCCAGCUUCUUUCCGCUUAAUGUUGGUGCAUUCUUGAUGUUUCACAAAUUCUUUCUGUCUCUUGAUUUUGACAACUGUUGUGUAGGUUCCCUUACAUGCGUCUCUUCAAAUAACGUAAAGCAAUACCUUGCAUGCUGCUUAUGAGGCCGUUUUGGAGAGCCAGCCUGUUAGCCUGUUGUGGCUGAAGGACUGAUAUUAGAAAGCUGGUACACAGGGUAACUCCAUGCAAUUGGAAUAAUGGGGAAGUAGCCUGGGAGAGAACCUGGUAACGUGGAGCCUUGUAGAGUGAAGCUUAACAUUUAGGAGUAUUUAUUCACAUUGUGAAAACACAUUGCUUAAGAAAAAGGGGGGCAUUUUCUUUUCUUAGGACAUUGUUUGAUAUUUGUAUGGUGAUCUUUGGCUUAAUUUUCUGUGCUAGCCAGCUGGGUUCUAUAUUUUUGGAAUAUUUGUAUGUGGUCAACUGCUGUAUUUUUAGGAGCGUGAUGUAGUAGAGUUUCUGUGCUUUUUGUUGCAUUGGUUUUAAUUGCAUUUUUAACGAGCUAGUUUGUGAAUUGGAAGCUUACUGCUAAAAAGCAAUGAUGUUGUUUGUACCUUUUUGUUUUACAACAUACUUCCUUUUGUUAAUGACAGGUCUUCCCUUAGUAGGCUCAUUGAUACAAUUCACAUUAGGCUCAAGUUCAUUGAUCAAAACUUAUGCUGAUGUAAAUUUCUGCUUAAUAAGAACAAAAUGAAAAUGUAGCUCAUUGCUAAGACUAGCUCUUUUUGUGACCCUAUUUUAUAUUGUAAUGUCAGCUGUUGUAUAUAGUAACAUUCACCAUCACUUACCAGAUUAGGUGUCUGAACUGAAGUCAUCUAUCUGUUUUAAUUUCUCUUCCAUCUGGUGACAGGCACCUGGCUUCUGACUUCUUUCUCAACACCAAAGUGUGACAUGGAAUGCUAUUGAAAGGCAACUUCAUCAGAACUAUUUCUGAAGGAAAAGAGGCUUAGACAUUGUAAACCAGUGUUGCUUCCUGGGGCUUUUAAAGACUUAUGUGCACAAGGAAAAGAAAAAUGGAGUUGAUGCAGUAUUGGAAAAGUGUCAAUCUCAAACACCCCUCCAGACAAACACCCGUAUACUACAGGUGAUUUUUGCAAAGCCUAUGAAGUUGGUUGCUGCGGGGUAAAAAGGGCAAGGAGGGCUUGAGAUCUGUGUGUGUGGAAAACAUUAGUUGAAGCUGUUUAUAGCACAGGUAAUCCUUGUGGCUCCUGGUACUGAGAUCUUGGUCUCUCAGAGGGGAUCUGAAAUUCUCUGAGGAAAACUUUGUUUUAUUGUUACAUUUUUCAGGAUGUGUUUUCCUCUGGUUUUGUUUAAGUUUGGCAAAGCUUUUAAAUGUGGCACCAGCAUGAGACUUUUCCUUUCCCAGGAGACAUGUUCUGUGAUCCUAUCACUCAGAGGCUGCUUUGAGAAAUGGAUUGAGUGUUGUAUGUAGCAGCAACGAUAGCAAAGCCAUUGCAUGACUAAUGAUUUGCUCUUGGCACUAUAUGCUAGACGUGACUAAACUGUGUUUAUUUACUGUGGAAUAGGAGAGCUACGUAUGCUGUAAAUAGGAUGUGCUGUCUGGACAGAUACGAUGCCUUUUACAUUACGAGUUAGAAAAUACUCUAUAUGUGAUGCCAAAAGUGGGCUGAGCUCACUCUUCCCUAAUGAACAGAAUGAGAAGAUUCCUCUGUUUCCACACCGUAGUACUUUGUAUUGCAACUAUCACUUAUUUUCAUCCCUUUUUUCCAUAAAUUUACUUAACCAGAUGAAACACAUGAAACAUGGGCACCAAGGUUUAGUUAGGAAAACCCCUCUGCUCCUUCUGUUUCCAUCCCAGGGAGAAUAUUGUUACAAGAGCCUCCCUAGUCAGCCAUCUCCAACCAGCCAUGUAUUUGUUAAAAACUAAAGCUUUAGCUUUUGAUGCAGGUUCCCAGUGUUUCAAAAUCCAGCACUUAGCAGAGUGGAGCCUAGUGGCUGACCAUUUGGUGGUGGUAGUGUAGAUGCUAUUGGGAAGUACCAUUCUGAAGCAAUAGGAGAAGAUGGCUUGCUUAGGUUGCAGGCAAAGAUCAUAUCAAAGUGUCUGCAGGUUUUAACUGGAUGUCCACAUGCAGGUUGUAAGGGGAAAAUCCUCACCUAAACAUCACAUUCCUUGCAUGUAUCCAUUAAACCUUGAAAAGUGGGAGUUCACAUUGGCAGUUUGUAAUGUUGGGGGGGGAAAGGGUUGGUUUUUUUGUGGUGGUGGGUUGUGGUUUGGUUUGGUUUUCAGCAAGAUCAGAUUUUCAUCAGGUAUUCUGCUUCCUUUGUCACUACCUGGUGGGAUGACUAGAAUGAGAAUUAAUUUAAAACAGAGCAUUCUUGGAGGUUCUUAGAAUGCUGGUGCCGUUUCAGGCAUCUACACAACAGUCAGGGUACGCUAGAGCAGGUGUUAAGAGAUCUGUGCAUUGUGCAAUUAGGAGAGAAAGAUACUGAAAGGCUGACUUUGAGCAAAGGACAAUUAUUUCAUGUAAGAGCUGUCUGAAGUGUUUUGGAGGAGUUAAAAUAAUUUCAUGUAUAUCAUUCCGCACUAAACAUUCAUUUUCCAGAUGCGAAGCAGGAGACCUUUUUAGGUUGACUGUUAAUGAUAACAAUAGGUGUGUCUGAGCGAGGUGAAGAUGCUGCGAAACAUUUAAGAUAUGUGGUAUGUAUCACAAGAUAAAUAUUUCAGUAGUUUAGAGAAGUAAAUUAUCAAAUAGUUGUCUGUGUAUAUGUAUGUAUGUGGAUGGUAAAACAAAAAAUGCUCAUGUCUGUUACCACAUUACAAAGCUACCAUGACUUAACCCAGAAAUGUUACCUGCAUGUGAGACUUUAGAACAGGUACACUUCUCUACCUGGUUUAUUGUGUUUACUAAUGUAUAUUUUUCUAAAUAUACAGAUAUUUCAAUCUAAAAAUUCUAUAUUUACCUGUAAUUUCUAUCUGUUUUGGACAGUGCAUGAGGUGCUGUAAAAUUCUGUACAUAUAGACUGAUAGAAGAAAUGCUGUAGUUGCCCUGUAAACGAAGAGUUUCACAUAAAAGUACAGUUGGUAUGCCAAGACCCGUAAGUUAUUUCCUUAAAUGCAUCAGAAAUUCCCUCAAGUGUGCACCAGUCCCAGCUUCGAUGUAAAUACUUCGGUGCAUGUGUACCCAAGUGAUUUCCUUGCCGUCUCUAAAAGUUACACUUACAGGUCUGCUUUAGGUUCUACAUCAUGUGGCAAGAUGCAGUCAAAGUUUAGUGGGAUAGCUAUAAUGGCAUGUGGCAUCUUGCACAGAUUUCUAAGGGUCUUGUCUUUGGAGAAGUUCUGCAAACAGCAAACGAAGGUAAAAUCGGAGCAGAACCACAGACCCCAACAGAGGCAAGGGAAAUCAGAUUUGUAACCCAUGCAGUAUCCUUAAUUUGUGCCAUGUUCUCCCAUCGGGGCAGCUCUGUGUACCUGGACGUACAAAAGCUUUGUGAGGCAGGAUGGCAGAUCAGCUCAUCACUUCUGAACCUGUAUUUAUAUUAAACUGUCACAUCUUGGA